GGCGUGAGUUCUCUUGAGAAAUCUCAGCUAAGAGAGAGGACGAGUCCCUCGUUUCCUGCGGUGCGCCUGGCCACCCGGUGGUGCCAUCCCUUCCCUGCGACAGAAGCGGGAUUUGGGACGUGUGCAGGAACCGGGAUUUGGGGCAGAGGUCUGUGGUAAUGGGGGAACGGAGACUGCAGUGGAGCAGGAGGCGGAGACUAGAGCUCCCUGAAAGGUCGCUAUUUAGGAGGGGGUAAGUGCAGAGAGCCCAGUAUUGGGGGGGUGGACUUGGGAACAAUCCAGUAGUCUAUCCCUAUCAGCAACGCCGCAGGACUGGGGUGGGAAAAAGACAAGGGGGGGGUGGAAAUCCCUUGAAGGAGCCCCCACCUCUUCUAAGUCCCGCUCCAAGCGGUCGAACAACCAAUCGUGUCGCGGGGCGGGGCUGCGGUAAAUAGUCGCAGCCAAUAGCUGUGGAGGGGGUGGGGCCUGGCUGCCCGCGCAGGGUGGCGGGGUCGCCUUGGGCGAAGAGCUCUGAGCAGCUGAAGGGGAGCCGCUGACCAGAGCCGCAUGGAGGACCCCGUGGCUCCGGGGGCCGGGAGCCCGCCCGCCAAUGGCAACGGCAACGGCAACGGCAACGGUGGAGGCGGCAAAGGGAAGCCGGCGUCGCCUAAGGGUCGGGAAGCGUUCAAAAGCCAGCGGCGGGAGUCGGAGGGAUCUGUGGACUGCCCCACUCUGGAAUUUGAAUAUGGAGAUUCAGAUGGGCACGCAGCAGAGUUGUCAGAGUUGUAUAGCUACACUGAAAACCUGGAAUUCACCACUAACAGGAGGUGCUUUGAAGAAGAUUUCAAGACUCAAGUGCAGGGCAAGGAGUGGCUGGAGUUGGAGGAAGAUGCCCAGAAGGCCUAUGUGAUGGGGCUCCUGGACCGGCUGGAGGUGGUCAGUAGGGAGCGGCGACUGAAGGUAGCCCGGGCUGUUCUCUACCUGGCCCAAGGCACGUUUGGGGAGUGUGAUUCAGAGGUUGACGUGCUACACUGGUCCAGGUACAACUGUUUCCUGCUCUAUCAGAUGGGGACCUUCUCGACCUUCUUGGAGCUACUCCACAUGGAAAUCGACAACAGCCAGGCAUGUAGCAGUGCCCUUCGGAAACCAGCCAUCUCCAUUGCUGACAGCACAGAGCUCCGGGUGCUCCUGAGCGUCAUGUACCUGAUGGUGGAAAAUAUCCGCCUGGAGCGAGAAACAGACUCCUGCAGGUGGAGGACUGCUCGGGAGACCUUCCGCACUGAAUUAAGUUUCUCCAUGCAUAAUGAGGAGCCUUUUGCCCUUCUGCUUUUCUCCAUGGUUACCAAGUUCUGCAGCGGCCUGGCUCCCCACUUUCCCAUAAAGAAGGUCCUGCUUCUGCUCUGGAAGGUGGUCAUGUUUACCCUUGGUGGAUUUGAGCAUCUACAGGCUCUCAAAGUACAGAAGCGCGCAGAAUUGGGCCUGCCGCCGCUGGCUGAGGACAGCAUCCAGGUGGUGAAGAGCAUGCGUGCUGCCUCCCCGCCUUCUUACACUCUCGAUCUGGGGGAGUCUCAGCUGGCACCCCCACCCUCCAAGUUGCGAGGUCGUCGUGGUUCUCGAAGGCAACUCCUCACUAAGCAAGACAGCCUGGACAUUUACAACGAAAGAGAUCUCUUUAAGACUGAGGAGCCGGCCGCAGAGGAGGAAGAGGAGUCUGCUGGCGAUGGAGAGCGAACCUUGGAUGGAGAGUUAGACCUGCUAGAGCAGGACCCUCUCGUGCCACCUCCACCCUCGCAGGCGCCCCUCUCUGCUGAGCGGGUGGCUUUUCCCAAGGGCCUACCCUGGGCCCCAAAGGUCAGACAGAAGGACAUUGAGCACUUCUUGGAGCUAAGCAGGAACAAGUUCAUCGGAUUCACUCUGGGGCAGGACACAGAAACCUUGGUUGGAUUACCCAGGCCCAUCCAUGAGAGUGUGAAGACACUAAAGCAGCACAAAUACAUCUCCAUCGCAGAUGUUCAGAUCAAGAAUGAGGAGGAGCUGGAGAAGUGCCCCAUGUCUUUGGGGGAAGAGGUGGUACCAGAGACGCCGUGUGAAAUCCUCUACCAGGGCAUGCUGUAUAGCCUCCCCCAGUACAUGAUUGCUCUGCUUAAGAUUCUGCUGGCUGCAGCCCCCACCUCCAAGGCCAAGACAGACUCUAUCAAUAUCCUGGCCGACGUCCUGCCUGAGGAGAUGCCCAUCACUGUUCUCCAGAGCAUGAAGCUGGGCAUCGAUGUGAACAGGCACAAGGAGAUCAUUGUAAAGAGUAUCUCUGCCCUGCUCCUGCUCCUCCUCAAACACUUCAAACUGAACCACAUCUACCAGUUUGAAUAUGUAUCGCAACAUUUGGUAUUUGCCAACUGCAUUCCAUUGAUCCUGAAGUUCUUCAAUCAAAAUAUUUUGUCCUACAUCACUGCUAAAAACAGCAUCUCGGUCCUGGAUUACCCUUGCUGUACCAUCCAGGAUUUGCCAGAACUUACUACGGAGAGUCUGGAAGCUGGAGACAACAACCAGUUCUGCUGGAGGAACCUCUUUUCCUGCAUCAACCUUCUGAGGCUGCUCAAUAAACUGACCAAAUGGAAGCAUUCCAGAACCAUGAUGCUAGUGGUGUUUAAAUCUGCUCCGAUCUUAAAGCGGGCCCUGAAGGUCAAACAGGCCAUGCUGCAACUGUACGUCCUGAAGCUGCUGAAAAUACAGACCAAGUACCUGGGGCGCCAGUGGAGGAAGAGCAACAUGAAAACCAUGUCGGCCAUCUACCAGAAAGUGCGCCACCGCAUGAAUGACGACUGGGCCUACGGGAACGACAUCGACGCUAGGCCGUGGGACUUCCAAGCAGAGGAAUGCACCUUGAGAGCCAACAUUGAGGCUUUUAAUAGCCGCCGAUAUGACAGGCCUCAGGACUCCGAGUUUUCACCUGUGGACAACUGCUUGCAGAGCGUGCUGGGGCAGAGGCUGGAUCUGCCUGAGGAUUUCCACUAUUCAUAUGAGAUCUGGCUGGAAAGAGAGGUGUUUUCACAGCCCAUCUGUUGGGAAGAGCUGCUCCAGAAUCACUAAGCUCUUGUCAACAAAGCAUCCGAUAGAUGGGGGUUGGCUCCAAUAAAUGGUGCUCUGCCUACCCUGCUCAUUCAGCCUCUGUUUCCAGCCCUAGAAGUGCUUGUCCAGGGGAGAGCUGGCCCAGUCCAAGGACAUCCAGGGUAGUUCAGGACAUUCUGGGGGCCACUGUGCCCGGCCGGAGAUAGUGCAAGCAUAGGAUCCCGAGUCACACAAAAAUGACAAACUUCCUCUGGGGUCGUUUGAGUGCUAGGUGGCCUUGGAAAUCUCUUGCUGGUCUUUGACAGGCUCUUUUGUGGGACUGCCCCUUGCUUGAGUUUUACCUGGAACUAGCCCCGGCUCUGCUGGCCCCAAGAGUGCGAACCAGUUUACGAUAGCAUUUGGCCCGUGGCAUUCAUCGUGGUAAUGGGAGGUGCAUGUCACAGAAGAGGGAGGGCAUUUUCUUCUUGCUCCCCCUGGAUUCCUAGGACUUACCAGAGGUUUGGCAAAACCAACUUUGAAAUUAAGUUUGUAUUUUAAAUUUAAAAAUUUGACACCCCUUUCUAAAAUCAUUAGCUCUGAGGUGAUUUUGGAGCACCUG